AUGAUCAUUGGCGUCAAGCACUUUUUCGCUAUCCUGCAGGGUGAACAACUAUCGAUUGGAUCUGGCCUACCAACACUACGCAACACUGUCUUUGGAUACGUCGUCGCUGGCGACACGGAUGCACCUGCACAACAAACCGUAACUUGCAACGUUACUGCUGUCGAACGGCUGGAAGCUGCAGUUCGCAAGUUCUGGGAGGUGGAGAGCUUUGAGACAGGGAAAGCCCUGUCCCUCGAGGAACGGUAUUGCGAGAAUCAUUUUGUGAAGACCCACACUAGAGCCCCUGACGGUCGAUCGUCAAACAACAUCUCGCUCAACGAUCUAUGCUACAUUGGACCUACGGUGCAACCACCACUCUUGGACACCAUUCUGCGAUUUCGUCUGCCAAAGUACGUCGUCACUGCCGACGCGGAGAAAAUGUACAGGCAGGUACUCGUCCAUCCGGACGAUCGGCCGUUGCAGCAGAUUCUAUGGCGAUCAACCCCGAACGAGGACCUGAAGAUGUAUCAGUUGAACACUGUUACCUACGGUACCGCCCCCGCGCCGUACCUCGCAACCCGCGUCCUGAACCAGCUGGCCGACGACGAGGCAGAAAACUACCCCUUCGCUGCUCCUCAAGUCAAGCGAUCGUUUUACGUGGACGACUACCUAUCGGGUGACAACGACGAGAACCGCUUGAUGGAAACUAAUCGUCAACUCAUCGAACUUCUUGGAUCUGGCGGUUUCACCAUGCGCAAGUGGUGCAGCAACAGUUCUCGCGUUCUGUCUCACAUUCCCGAGGAACUCCGAGAUCCCCGAACCGAGUUGGAGCUCAGCGAAUCCGGAUCGAUCAAGACGCUCGGCCUUCUGUGGCAGCCGGUGCCUGACCACCUCAGCUGCAAGGUUCCCGAAUACAACUCGACGGAGCCAAUCACGAAGGCACUCAUUUUCUCGGAAUUGUCGCAGCUGUUCGACCCAACUGGUAUGGCAGGACCAGUCAUUGUUCGAGCAAAAAUGUUUCUCCAAUCGCUGUGGGAAAAGAACUUCGGGUGGACCCAAGAGCUGCCAGAGGAGUAUCAAGAAUGGUGGAAGCAGUACAGAAUCGAAAUUCGCGUCCUCAGCAUGCUCAAAAUCCCUCGCCGAGUUCUAAUCGAUCACUCAGUGGUCAUCGAGCUGCACUGUUUCUCGGACGCGUCCGACAAAGCGUACGGCGCUUGUAUCUACGUGAAGUCAACUAACUCGUACGGCAGGUCGAAGGUCAACCUGCUCAUUUCGAAAUCUCGCGUCUGCCCUAGGCGCAGAUUAACGAUCCCCCGUCUCGAGCUGUGCGCAGCUCUGCUGGGGGCCCAACUGACCGCAGCUGUCCUGGAAGCUACCAACCUGAGCUGUCCAGUGGUCUACUGGUCCGAUUUUGCGAUCGUCUUGCAUUGGAUUGCGUCGUGCUCAUCAACCUGGAAGGUGUUCGUCUCGAACCGGAUCGCAGAAAUCCAACGCCUCACGCAGGGCAUGCCCUGGCGUCACAUCCCAACCCACCUGAAUCCAGCAGAUCUUAUUUCUCGGGGACUUCUUCCUUCAGAGCUGGCUCGUGACGACGAAGCACGCCAAACUGUGUCGGUGCUCACAACAAGCUCUCUCGAAGAUCGCAUCCAAAUCCAAGAUCAUUCCGCACUCUUGCCCCUGCUCCGCUCAGUCUCUUGGAUUCGGAGAUUCACGGACAACUGUCGCAGCCGUCCCGAAGAACGACGAAAUGGUUUUCUAAAGUUUCGAGAAAUUGACAACACACUCAAGCUGCUCAUUACACUGACGCAGCGCACCCACUUCGCUCAGGAGAUCAAGCAUCUUCUCAAAAACCCUGGCCCAGUCCGUAAAGACUUCGAUUUCAAAUCCCAAAUCAAGACCUUGAAUCCCUUCAUCGACCCGGAGGGUCUGCUCAGAGUGCACGGCCGGUUGGAAAACAGCAGCUUACCGUUCGACACCAAGUACCCCAUAAUUUUGCCCGCCAAAGCACAUCUGACACAUCUGAUCGCCAAAAACACCCACUGGGAUACUCUACACUCGGGUCCACAACUGCUGCUAUCGACGCUACGUCAGCGCUACUGGCCGGUCAGGGGCGAGAUGUUGCGAGGAGAGUCGUCAACGAGUGUCUGGACUGCUUCCACUGCAAGCCAAGAAGCAUUGACCAGAUGA